AUGCUCACGUCGAAAAUUUCAAAAAUCGGUAAAGUGGUAGUAUGUGGCGGCAAGGGUGUUGGAAAAACCGCUAUGUUGGAGCAACUCAUCUAUGGCCACGUUACGAUCGACUCGGAGCUGCACAGCACGAUCGAGGAUACAUACGUGGCCAGCGUGGACACUGGGAAAGGAAGCAGAGAUAUGUUGCGCAUUUACGACACUGCUGGGUUGCAAGGAAACGUUCAGCUGCCCCGACACUAUCUGCUCUUUUCGGAUGCGUUCAUACUGGUGUACGAUCCGAGCGAUCCAGCCAGCCUGGACAUGCUGGCCGGAAUUAAAAGUGAUAUCGAUAAGUACAAGGAAAAGAAGGAGAUGAUAAUUAUUGUGAUAGCAAACAUGCACUCUCGUCAAGCGCGCUUGACAAGUGGAGUGUCGAUUAACACCCUCUCGACAGGUGGUGGUGGCGCACAGCUACACUCGCCAAACGGAAACCACCACCACAGCAAUGGCGCACACAACAGCCCCCAAAUCAGCAACAACGAUCUAAUUGAAUCCAAUCUCAAUCGGGCCAACAAUUGGUGCGCACGGGAACGCAUCAAGCAUUACACGGUGAAUGCUAUGGAGCGUGCAUCGCUGUACGAACCGUUCAUACAGCUUGCCAUCCGGCUGUAUCCGACCCAAACCAAAAGCUCCUUUCCUCAGCUUCGACAGCUCACGCAAAAAACGUCCAAAGUGGACAACAGCUAG